AUGUGAUGGGUAUCCAAGUAAUCUACUUUUUCCAGUGUAUUAUUUUGAGGCACCGAUCUGUCCAACCGCUGGCAUUCACAGUAUUCUAAUCCCUACUAAAUCCUUGUUAUAAAAAGCUUAAAAGGGGUGUAAACAAGAAAAGGGCAUUGGGGAAACUCCAAAGAGGUUAAAAACACAGAAAGAAUGUUGAAUGUAGGCAGUCCAACAUGUUUGUUCUUCCUCUUUACAAUCCUCAUUUUACUGCAAGCCAAAGUGAUGAGUUAUAAGCACAAAGUGGGAGACUUAAAUUGCUGGAACAUUCCAACUGAUGCAAAGAAAGAUGUUUAUGUCAAAUGGUCCAAUAAAACCACUUUCAGAGUUGGUGAUUCUCUUUUAUUUUUGUACCCACCAAGCCAAGAUUCAGUAAUACAAGUAACACCAGCAGCAUAUAAAUCCUGCAACUUAAAAGAUCCAAUCUUGUACAUGAAUGAUGGAAAUUCUCUGUUCAACAUAACACAACCAGGAGAAUUCUACUUCACAAGUGGUGAAUCAGGACACUGUCAAAAAGGGCAGAAACUGCACAUUUCUCUUGCAGGAAAUGGCGCCAUUGUUUAUGCACCUUCAGAAGGUCCAAGCGCAAUGUCAGAUACUGCAGAUGCACCAUCUUAUCAUCAAGUUUUUGGGUCUAUUCCUACACCAAAUACUUCUCCAAUCCUUAGAUUUUCAAUAUUCUUGGUAUCUUUGAUUGGUUUGGCAAUCUGGGUACUUGUUUAAAUGCUGUAAUCUGAAUUUAAUCAGAUUUGUAUUGGUCAUUUUUUGUCGGCGACAGGAUAUAUUUGAAGUAUAUAGUAAUUGAGAUAGAUCCAAAUUCCAAUUACCAUGGCGUGAAAAGGGUUAAUGGGUAUUAUUUUAUUGAUUUAAAGAUUUUGAUUGAACAUGUUUCUGUCAGCCAACUUUUGAUUUGUAUGAUUCUUUAUUAAGAAUUUAUUGUGCAUAAAGAAGAUCAACAAGUAUUAGUUUGAGACCGUCUCACCGUGAGACGAGCCCAUAUAAAUAGCCCAUUAUUAAUAAAACAUCAAAAAAUAAUGAAAU